UGCCAAGUCCGGCUCCGCCCGCUAUCUAAAUACUGAGUCACAGGCGGUUGAAAGCUUGAAGCAAAUUUCACUCGCAGGAGAAGAGUGAUUCUCGUUUCCAGAGGGUGAGCCUUUCGGAGAUCACGGGAGAGGGAAGAUGAUUCUGUUUCUCGUGAUUGUUGAGGUGGCGUUUUUCACACCAGAGGUUUGCCACGCGGACCAGAAAAAGACCCACUGCGAGAUUAAAAAUCGAAAGGCUGACUGCACUCAUCUGAAACUUCAGAAUGUCCCCUCUUAUCUACCAGAGAACAUCACGGCUCUUGACCUCUCUCACAACCAGCUGAAAACACUGCCCUCUUCGGCCCUGUCCCGGUACCACCAGUUGUAUUAUCUCGAUGCUGGUUUUAACAGUAUCCAGGCAAUUGAUCCCCAGCUGUGCCUUACACUUCCUCAACUGCAGGUCCUGAAGUUGUACCACAAUGAAGUGCACGUCCUGACGGAGGCCAUGCUGCAGAACUGCACCCACCUCACUGAACUGUACUUGGCGAGCAACAGGUUAAAACUGAAAGGCGAACCUUUUAAAUGUCUCCAGAGUUUGAAAAGGCUUGACGUGUCUCGCAAUGACCUGACCUCUGCAAAGCUUGGCACACAUCCUCAGCUCCUGAACCUUGAAGAGCUCAUACUAUCUGGGAACGCAAUCUCUGUUCUAAAGGCCGAUGACUUCUCUUACCUCAGCAACGCCUCACUGAAGAUCCUGAAACUAUCUGCUCUCCCUCUUAAAAAGUUUGAGCCGGGCUGCUUCCAGUGCAUUGGAAGACUCAGUGUCCUUGUUAUGGAUGGCAGUAAACUGGGUCAUCCCCUGAUGGCCAAGCUGUGCUCUGAAUUGUCGGAAACCAAGAUUCGUAGCCUUUCGCUGCAGGACACCUCGCUAUUGACCUUGCUGAACACCACUUUUAAAGGACUGCAGUCUACUAACCUUACGUCUAUGGACCUCUCUAAAAACGAAAUACCUGCAGUGCAGCGUUCUUCUUUUCAGUGGCUUCACAGUCUAGAAAAUCUAUCCCUUGCGGAGAAUAACUUUAAACGUUUUACUAAGGACAUGUUUAUUGGUUUGGGUAGCCUAAAAUUUUUAAAUCUCACCAAGUCCCUUAAAAAGCACAAGUCGUCUUCUUAUCCGGUGAUUGAUGACUUUGCUUUUCAGAAUCUGUUGAACCUGGAGUUUCUAGCUAUGGAAAGCAAUGCAUUCCGAGAAAUCACAGGUAACACUUUCACAGGGUUAAAAAGCCUAAAGUAUCUGAGUUUGAGCCACAGUUAUUUUAACUUGAAAACUGUGACUAAUGUGACAUUUUCAUCUCUGGCCCAGUCUCCCCUCAAGAUCCUUGACCUCACGAAAACAGGAAUCUCAUACCUGGAUGUUGGAGCUUUCUUUUGGCUUCGAAAUUUAAGUAAAGUGUACAUGGGUCAAAACAAAAUUUCACAGGUCUUAGGAGGAAGGGAAUUUGAAGGACUUAACAACAUAGAAGAAAUUUUCUUGUCUUACAACAAAAAAAUCACUUUGACCCCUUCGUCAUUCAACUACACCCGCACUCUGAGAACCCUGAUGCUUGGAAGCAAUCUGAUUGACAGUCUGGACCUGCAUCCUUGUCCAUUUCAGCCUUUAGGGAAUCUCACUGUAUUGGAUCUCAGUAAUAACAAUUUAGCUAACAUAAAUGCUGGUCUGUUUAGUGGCCUUCAUGAUCUAAAGAUUCUGAAGUUACAGCAUAAUAAUUUAGCUCGCCUGUGGAAAAAGGCCAAUCCUGGGGGACCUGUACUCUUUCUCAAGGACGUGCCUCAGCUUGAAGUACUUCAGCUGGACUCGAAUGGAUUUGAUGAAAUCCCUGUUGAUGGCUUCAAAGGAUUGUUUCACCUUCUGGAGCUCGACCUGGGUUUGAAUUACCUGAAUGUACUUCCGGACAACGUUUUUAAUGACCUCACGUCCGUGAGAGUGCUGAAGCUGCAGAAGAAUUUCAUCACGUCUGUGAAAGAGACCGUGUUUGGGCCAGUCUUCCGCAAUCUGAGCGUGCUGCAUAUAGAGAAGAAUCCUUUCGAUUGCACUUGCGAUAGUGUCCUGUGGUUUGUCAACUGGCUCAAUGUGACCAAUGCCAGUGUUCCUCAGUUAAGCUCCCAAUACGUUUGCAACACACCUCCUAAAUACUACAACAGCUCACUUGUCCUGUUUGACACAUCGCCCUGUCAGGACCAGGCCCCAUUCAAACCCAUGUUCGUUACCACCAGUAGCUUUUUGCUCACAUUCAUGGCAAUGGCCCUUCUCAUCCAUUUCCAGGGGUGGAGAAUCCAGUUUUUCUGGAAUGUCCUGGGUAAUCGGAUUCUUGGGUACAAGGAAGUUGACUUGGGGGAAAACAGGUUUGAAUAUGAUGCUUAUAUAGUCCACGCCCAAGAAGACUGGGAAUGGGUGGAAAGGAAUCUUACUCCCUUAGAAGAAAAUCCUUUUACAUUUUGCUUUGAGGAUCGGGACUUUCUGCCUGGGACACCACACUUAGAAAAUAUUGUUGAGACAAUUCGCCAGUGCAGAAAAAUAGUAUUUGUUGUAACCGAAGCUCUUUUAAAGGACCCUUUAUGCAGAAGGUUUACGGUUCAUCAUGCUUUACAUCAGGUAAUCGAGGAGAGCCGUGACUCGAUUGUUUUGAUCUUUCUGGACGACAUCCCGGACCACAAAUUAAAUCACUGUCUGUAUAUCCGGCGGGGCAUGCUGAAUUCACGCUGCAUUUUAAACUGGCCCCUACAGAGGACACGCAUUCCAGCAUUUCACCAGCAUCUGAAGGUGGCACUGGGUCUGAGUAACAGAGUGCAUUAACCCUUUUGUUUUCUGUGGUGUUGUGCUUCUCUUCAUUUGGUCAAGAAGCUGGUGUUCUUGAGUUCACAAAGAUGCUUGUGCUGUAUGCAGAGAGAGGGAAAGUCAGCACACACCUGCUUUACACAACGCUUGUACUGUACGUGUUGUUCAAGUGCACUUCCAUCUCAAGAACACGCCAAGCGUCAGGCUGCAGCCUGUUGCAGAGCAAAGCUGAAUAACAUGUUUGGGGGUAUUCUGCUGUGGCCAGAAAAUCAUUUCUGGGGAACUGUUUUAGAGUCCUGAACAGAAGUAAUAAAGAAAUAAAUUAUGCCGUAGAGAUCCUUGCACCAACGGGGCUGUUCUGCCCUAAUGGGACAAAUAAUUAUGUCUGAGACCAUUGUUCUAACAGUAACCCUGCUUAGGAUUUGCUCCUGUGUCAAGUGGUCGUUUUCCUCAAUAUAGGACAAUACCAUUUGUGUUCUCAGUGUCAAAGAGAUUGCAAUGCAGAAUAAAAUGUG